AUGGCGGCCAAGACUGUCUGUGUCAUUGGAUAUGGCCCCUCCGGAGCAUGCGCGGCCAAGUACCUGAAUGCCGAGCUCGUCCAGGGCGCUGGCCACAUCGCGCUCAACCAGGGAUACCACCGUUUCAAAGUGACCAUCUUCGAGGCCCAGCCACGUCUAGGCGGCCUCUGGCCCAGCUCGCCCACCGACGCCGCAGGACAAGUGCACCCGUUGAUGCCGUGCAACCAAAGCCGACACACGGUCCAGUUUUCCGACCUGGCCUGGGAGGACAACGCACCAGAGUUCCCCCGCGCCCACGACGUCGGACGCUACCUCGCCCGGUAUGCGGCCACAUACCUCCCGGAGCCGGCCGAGGCCGAGGGCAAUACGCCCGAGGCGCUGUACAAGCGCGCGCAGGGGACCGUCGAGGUCCACAUGAACGCGAGAGUGGUGGGCGUGGAGCCGGUGGCGGUCGCGGCGGGAGGGAGGCCCGGCGAGGCCGGGUGGGACGUCAGAGUGGAGGGAGAGGGCUCGGCGCGGCGGUUCGAUGCCGUCGUGAUCGCGUCGGGGUUCUUUGGGCGGCCUGAUAUUGGGCGGGUCGACUUUGGUAAGGCUGGUGUCCCCGUCGUCCCGGCUGGCCAGUACCGGGAUGUGGCGUCGCUGCUGGGCGCCAAGGGCAAGACAUCGGGCGGCAAGGUCCUGGUGGUUGGAAGCCAGAUGUCGGCGUACGAGGUCGCCGGCACCAUCUCUAGGGACCUGUCGUCGGCUGUGCACUCGCCCGGUGGCGCUGGCGGGAUCGAGAACCCGGAGAAAUACCGGGUAUACCACGUGUCAAAGAGGCCAUCGUGGCUGUUUCCUCUGAUCGGCACGGCGACUCCCUCCCACCUACGCCCUCGCUUCCUGCCCGUCGAUCUCCCAGCGUACAACCUCUCGCGCAGGCAGCUACCUUUGACCAACAACCAGGGGAUUCUUUCCCAAGAGAGGAAGCGAGAGGUCAACUACACCUUCCGGACCGUCCUAGGUGGUGACCAGGGCGACGUCAGCCCUGUCCUCAGAAUAACCGACAAGCUAGCGGAGGAAGCACCGUAUCUCGCUAUGAGCGACACCUACCUCGAGUUCGUCCGCUCUGGGGACAUUGUCCAUGUGCCAGGGACCGUCACUCGCAUUUCGGACCGGUCAGCGUCGGUGAAGAACGCUGGGGAAGAAAUCACCCUCGACGACAUAGCCGCGGUCGUGUCUGCGACGGGCUGGUCGGUCAAAGACUCGCUCCAGUUCCUUCCGCAGUCGAUAAAGGACGUUCUAGAAUUCGACGAGGCAGAUAACACACAUCCGCUGGUGCUCAAAUUCCAUAACACGCAUCACCCGGACGUCGCCAACCUGGGCUUCGUCGGCUUCUACCGUUCGCCAUAUUGGGGCGUCAUUGAGAUGCAGUCCCGCUUCCUCGCCAAAUAUCUCGGCCAGGACUUUCGGCCGCCAGCUGCCGCAAACCCCACAAGUACAGCAGCACCAUCCGAGUCAGUCCUCGAGGCCGGCCAAGCUCAAGUCACUGUGCCCCCGCUCGCCAUCAGUUUAAAAUCAGCGCUAGAAGCAGACGAUUGCAUGAACAGAGAACGCGCGCUGCGCGUCCACCGCAAAGAACACCCCGAGUCUGCCGCACAAUACCCCAUGGGCGACUACGCCUGGUUGAUGCAAGAGUUCGCGCGCGCACUCGACAUAAAUAUGACUCCUCCCCCAACAGCCACAGAACUGAUCCCUCCGGACGGCGACGAGCCCAUGAACAUCCUGACGCCCUCGCGAUACCCCUCCAAGGGCGCGUCGGGCCAGCAGCUCGAUGAAAUGUCGAAAAAUCUGGCUGCGACACGGCGGACGGUCGGCGCGGCUCUCCAGGAUGGGCGGUUCGUCGCACGUGCAAUUUUUCGCGGACUGCAGGGCGAGUGGGCCAUGGACAGAGAAAUCACCAGCUUCAACGAUCACUACGGCUUUGGCAGUGGGCACUAUGUCGGGACGGCAUAUUUCUACCCGCGCGAGGCGACGAAACGCGGUUUGGACAAGGCCAUCGCCGAAGACCCGGCUGCCAUGGCUCUCAUGCACGAGUACCUGUACAAGGAAGAGGGGGAGUUUACGCCUGUCGGGAGCAGCCAGUCGUUCACGACGUGGCGAUACUACGUCUACCGUUACAAUGAGGCGACAGACGAGAUAACGGUCUGGUUCGUCGACACCAAGGACCAAAAGUCGGUCGACUACUUUUUCCACAAGAUUGAGCUCGAGCAGCUCUCGACGCAUGAUGAUGACGAAAGCGGAUCGGACGAUGAGGAUGCCAAGGCACGAUCUGCCGCCAUGACCGAUAUAGACUCGCCGGCGCUCGCGAUACACGGCAUGAGCCUACCCAGCGACGACAUGCCGCACUGGAACGCCAAGGGCAGUCACUGGUGCCAGCCUGACCAGUAUGACCUCGCGUACAGAUUCGAGUUUCGGGCAAUACGGAUCCCCAGGUUCAGCGUUACGACGUAUGUCAAGGGGGAGAAGAAGGACUACAGAUCGAUUACGUGGUUUGCCCGCAAGGUCCACUCUGCGGGGCAGGAAUAG